GUCGAGAGUCCAACCCAGCCGACUACAUCGUGGCGGGGCUGCAUCCUUCCACUGGCGACUCUGUGCGCGCAAAUACACCUCUCGAUUUUUGGAUGCGCCUUCCUCAAUAUUCAAUCAACAUCUUCUUUACACCCAUACAUCAUAACAUGCGAUAACUGAGGCCAAAGGCUUCACCACAGCAACCAUGUCUGUGAUUCUUUGCACAGCGGGUUACGACCACACCAUCAGGUUCUGGGAGGCCCUCUCGGGCAUUUGCUCCCGUACGAUCCAGCACCCAGAUUCUCAGGUCAACCGCCUCUGCAUCUCCCCCGACAAGCGCUUCCUCGCCGCCGCAGGCCACCACACGGUCAAGCUCUACGAUAUCAAAUCGACGAAUCCGAAUCCGCUGCUUACCUUCGAGGGUCACACUGGUAACAUCACCGGCGUCGCCUUCCACUGCGAGGGCAAGUGGAUGGUGACUAGCUCCGAGGAUGGCACUGUCAAGAUUUGGGAGACACGCAGUGGCCAGGUCCAGCGCUCCUACAACCACGGCUGUCCCGCCAAUGACGUUGUGAUCCAUCCUAACCAGGGCGAAAUCAUCAGUUGCGAUCGCCAGGGCAGCGUUCGCGUCUGGGACCUUGCGGAGAACAACUGCUCCCACCAGCUGAUUCCCGAGGAGGACGUCUCGGUCUCGAGCGUCACGGUCGCUAGCGAUGGCUCCCUACUUUGCGCUGCGAAUAAUGGUGGCAACGUAUUCGUAUGGCAGCUGCUCCAGGCCUACGACCGAACCCAGCUCCUUCCGGUGACUCACUUCAACGCGCACAAGGAGUACAUCACACGCAUCCUUCUCUCGCCCGACGUCAAGAAGCUCGCGACCUGCAGCGCCGACCACACCGCCCGCAUCUGGGAGGUCAAGGACCUUGAGCCUGCCCCCGACCAGGAGCCUAAGCCGUUCCCGCUCGAGGCCACCCUCACGGGCCACCAGCGCUGGGUCUGGGACUGCGCGUUCAGCGCUGAUUCAGCCUAUCUGGUUACGGCCUGUUCCGACCACUACGCCCGGCUGUGGGAGCUUCACAGCCAGCAGAUCAUUCGCCAGUACAAUGGCCACCAUAGAGGCGCGGUCUGUGUCGCCCUCAACGACUACUCAGAGUCUGCUAGAUAA